GCGCUGCCGUGACGAGGACGUCGCUGCGGUGCAGCAGCGCGUGCCGCGGCGAGUGAAAAAUGGCCGCGAACGUGAGAACAGACAUGCGGAUACCGACGCGCGCGGCGCCUCGUCCCCCGGGCCAGAGCGCGACGCAGAGAGACCCGAUCUGGAGCAGCAGUAACGAUAUAUUCGGAGGUGCCCUGACGACGCAGCCUGGACAGAAGAAAAAGCCACCUCCUCGACCACCGCCUCCGAAGUUCAAUUAUAAUCACGCGCAAUAUCAGAGGGAUCAGAAACAGAAAAAGCCAGCCAGGCCGACGGAGCUGCUGACCAAUUUCUUCGGGCGAAAGAAGCAAGAGACUCCUCUUCCGACGCGUACCACCGGCCAGUUACAAAACCCGAUAACGCAACCGUCGAACUCCAUCGCGACAUCGGUAUCCUUGAUAGAUCUCAGCCCGCCUGGAUCGCCGACGUUCACGACGCGCUCGAGCGAUGGUGUCAGCGUCGACAGUUUCGGUAGUGACGGGAACUCGAAUCCGUCCGUAUUCACGAGCAGCGGAAACACAUCGCAAACGGAAAGUGCCUUCGAGGAUGACUUCGACUUCUUCGGUAUGUCCGCCAGGAAGGUAGCGCAAAAUGACCCGUGGCAGACCAAGACAACGGUGCAAGAUCCGUUCGGGCCACUGGAGGACGCGUGCACGAGCGUGUCCCAGGUCGCCGCCGGCGCCGGCCUCUUCCCGUUCAGUUCCGGCAAUCGCGCGGCGAACCAAGUGCCUUCCAACACGGUCGUCCCUAAGCCUCUCGUCACGUCGAUGCCCACGAUAAUCCGAGCGAGACCUCCCAAGCCUCCGGCGCCAAAGAUGUCGUUUAAGAAACUCGAACCGAUACCCAAGGAGACGUGUACCGGCUUCGCAGUCUCGAGUAGCGGCGCGACGGCCAAUCCGUUGACGUUGCAUUUCUCGAAUGCAUGGUCCAACGACGGUGAAGAGAGCGACAGCCCGUCGCCACCCAUGCCGACGAUUCCACCGCCGGCGCUACCUGCGAAUUAUUUGACUGAAUUCGGAGGCGACUUUGCGCAAGGAAAUUCCAGCGAACCUUACGGUAUUGUGCUGUACGAUUUCCCCGCAUCGCAUCCGAACGACUUAGAUUUAAAGGAGGGCGACAUUGUGCAAUUGGUGAAGAAGGUCAACGACGAUUGGCUGGAGGGAAGAAUAGGAAAUCGUCAAGGAAUCUUUCCGCUUAGUUACAUUGAUAUUAAAGUAUCUCUGCCGGGUUUGUCGGACAACGUGGUCACAGCGCUUUACGCUUUUCCGGGAGAGAACAGCGACGACUUGUCAUUCGAGGAGGGAGCAAAAAUUACGGUCAUAUCAAGGAUAUCGGAAGAUUGGUUGUACGGUGAGUACAACGGUAGGAAGGGACAAUUUCCAGUAAAUUAUAUAAAUAGACUUCCGCGUAAUAUUUAAACACUCUUUCAACGAAUCUUUUGUAUCCAGUGUAUUAACAAUUUACUAUUUCGAGAGCCUCCGUAUUGCAAACAUUAUUUAGGAUUAUUGCAUCUUUACAAAUCGAUACUAGGAAUAGUGAUGAGAGAAAAAGAAAGUGUAAAAAUGAAUCUUUUAUGCUGUAAUUUCGAUCAUGUACAAAUCAAAAAGAGAAAGAAAAUUUUAGAAGAUUUUACUGACAUAAAGACUGAAUUACACAUAACGAGUUACUAUCGUCGUGUUCCAAUAGAGAUAAUUUUCGAAAGUAAAUCGCGAUACUGUCUUUAGACAACUAGAAGAUAACGUUAUCUGCGAUUAUAUUGAUGGUAAUUGAUAUAUUUAGAAUUCAUUUAGCUGACUCUUUUUGUAAAAAGUUUUGCACCCCUGUACUGUUUGCAAUAUUUUGUAAAGGAUGCUACUAAAAUCCAUGUACUGG